AUGGACAUAUCAACGAAACCCGUCUUUUCCUUCUCGCUCAACUAUAAAGUGUUUGAAAAGCUGGUGACCUGCGGAAAGUACGACGGGAUACAUUCCUGUUUGACCAUGGUCACCACCGCGGAUAAGAUUCUAAUCCACACACCGCACAAACGGUACGGGCUGCAAAACUCGAAGCUGUCGAUUUCGGAAAUCAAAAAUGACAUCGCGCUGCUCAACAUGAACUUUCCCAUACGGGCGAUUGUGGCCGGGCGGCUGAAGAAGGACGACGAGCGUGACGUGCUGGUGAUUGGAAGUCCUUCACAUGUGCUAGCGUACCACGUGGAUGAAAAUUGUAACUUGUUCCAGAGAGAUUUCCAUGAGGGCGUUCGAUCGGCGGUGAUCGGUCCCUAUGCCAAUAAUCCGGGCAAUACGCUGAUCGUCGGUGGCAAUGCCGUUGUGCGGGGUUACAAUCAGGAAGGUACCGAAGUUCUGUGGCUGAUAACGACCGGCAGCGUGGUUGCACUGCUACUAAUCGAUAUCGAUAAGGAUAGCCAAAAUGAGCUCAUCAUCGGCACGGAUGAUGGAUGCAUACGGAUCUACAAGAAGGAAACGCUGCUGCACGAGUUCACCGAGGGCAACGAGAUACAAAGCCUGGUCGCGCUGCGCAAUGGGCAGUUUAUGUACAGCGUGAAGAAUGGCACGAUCGGUGUAUUUGAGGAGAACGUGCGAAUGUGGCGCAUCAAGUCGAAGGCACGCGCUACCGCGAUGGCCACGUACGACAUACUCGGUUGCGAGUCGAAGCAGAUGAUCGUCGGCUGGAAGAGUGGCAAGCUGGAUGUACGCGAUCCACGUACCGGGGACGUUUGGUUCCGGAUGAGGAUGAACGAUUUUGUCUGUGGAAUUGCGUGCAACGAUUACCGCGGGAUUGGUUUGCUCGAUCUUGUCAUCGUGACGGCGGAUGGAGAAAUCAGGGGAUAUACGACGCCAAGCGUCAACAUGCUGACGCUGCACAACGUCGCGGACGAGGAGAUGAGUGCACUGUUGACCCAGAAGCAGAAGCUGCUGCUCGAGCUGAAGCACUACGAGAACAACAUCAAGUACAACAAGGAAAUUCUUAGCAAUACGAGCGAGAGUAAUCUGGUGCAGAGUGUGCCGGACAACGUCGGUAUUAUACCGUCCAAUACGCGGCUUCAGAUUGGCAUUUCGACCAGCUACGACAAUAACGACAUGAACAUUGACAUCACCGUCUCGACCAACAAUUCCACCACUAUCCGGGCGGUGCUCAUCUUUGCCGAUCAGUUGUUCAAGGAGGAAACGUUGAUCGCACAUCUCACGAAGGACGUUUCGCGCAUACUGAUACCGCUGAAGACGCUCAAGGAUAAUGCGCAGGACAUCCAUAUUAAGGCAUUCGUCGGUUAUCCGAGCAGCGUACAGUUUCACGUGUUUGAACUGACCCGCCAGCUGCCAAAGUUUGCCAUGUACACGAUACCGCAUAAUCUGACCGGCUCGCCGAAAAGUGUGUCCUACAUCAACACACUCCCAGCGAAGGAUGGCCCGGGGGGAAGUUACGUCGAGUUUCGCAUCUCGGAACGUCUGAAGCGAAUAUGCAUCUGGGUCAAUCAGAAUUUCCUGCUACCGUCCGACAUCGAGUACAUGACAUCAGAUGCGGACGCGACGGAGCUAAAGCUGAACCUGAUCAGCUUGCGCACGGCCAAAUGCGUGUGCCUACACUUUAGCUACGACGGCAAGACGCGCUUCUACACCGAGGACAUCGGUCUGGCCGGUGACCUCGUGCAAUCGUUGGUGCAGUUUCUGAAUAUAGACAACAUGAACUCUACAACGAGCUUUCCGGUUGUGAGCGACGAAGUGAAGGAACUGUUCCAGAAGCUGCAAGGUCUGCAAGACACGGAGAAGCAGAUCAAUUCCGAAAUCGUGGAGCACAUCAAUCAGAUCAAAAGUCAUCUGAUACGCGCGGAGGACGCCCGUUUUUACAAUGGCGAAGACGUCAUUAAGUAUCACAAUGAAAUGAUGGCCACAAACGAAGAUCUGGUAAAGAGCUACAAAAUCCGGCUGGUCAACACGAGCGAAAUACAGCUGGCACUGAAGCGCAUCCACGGUGUCCUGUACAAUGCGUCGAGGUUACGAGCCGGAACGUUCGCUUCGGCCAUGAUAGGCAGGUUCAAGGAGGCACUCAAGACGAACAACAUUGAUGCGGUGCUUAAAAUCAUCGAGCUGGGAGAAAUGUAA